AUGGUUCAGAGGGCGAGGAUUUCUGACCCAAAGGACCCGGGCGCGGCCCCGCGCGUGCGCGCCGUGCUCGUGGGCUAUGACGAGCACUUCUCCUUCGCCAAGCUGAGCGAGGCGUGCGCGCACCUGCGCGACCCCGACUGCCUGCUCGUGGCCACCGACCGCGACCCGUGGCACCCGCUCAGCGAUGGCAGCCGGACCCCCGGCACCGGGAGCCUGGCUGCUGCAGUGGAGACGGCCUCGGGCCGCCAGGCCCUGGUGGUGGGCAAGCCCAGCCCUUACAUGUUCCAGUGCAUCACCGAGCACUUCAGCAUGGACCCCACCCGCACGCUCAUGGUGGGUGACCGCCUGGAGACCGACAUCCUCUUCGGCCACCGCUGUGGCAUGACCACCGUGCUCACGCUCACAGGCGUCUCCCGCCUGGAGGAGGCCCAGGCCUACCUGGCGUCUGGCCAGCACGACCUCGUGCCCCAUUACUAUGUGGAGAGCAUCGCGGACUUGAUGGAGGGGUUGGAGGACUGAGCCCACCCGACCGGCCACCGAAGCCCUCCACCCUGAUCUCAUGGAUGGAGGCGAUGGGCCAAGAAGCCACCAGCUCCCUGGCCCCAUUUCCUGCAG